GCUUUGCGGGUAGGACCAGGUGGUCUCCCGGGCAGCGGGGGCAGCGCCAUGGCCGGGCGGCGAGUGAACGUGAACGUGGGCGUGCUGGGCCACAUCGACAGCGGCAAGACGGCCCUGGCGCGGGCGCUGAGCACAACGGCGGCCACGGCCGCCUUCGACAAGCAGCCGCAGAGCCGCGAGCGCGGCAUCACGCUCGACCUGGGCUUCUCGUGCUUCUCGGUGCCGCUGCCGGCGCGCCUGCGGUCGGGGUCGUCCUCGGGGCCCGACGCCGCCGCCGCUGACGCCGCUGACGCCGAGGCCCCGGCCGGGCAGCUGCAGUUCACGCUCGUGGACUGCCCCGGGCACGCCUCUCUCAUCCGCACCAUCAUCGGCGGAGCCCAGAUCAUUGAUCUGAUGAUGCUCGUUAUCGAUGUGACCAAAGGAAUGCAGACUCAGUCAGCAGAAUGCUUGGUGAUUGGGCAAAUUGCUUGUCAGAAGCUGAUUGUGGUACUGAACAAGAUAGACCUCCUAGCUGAAGAAAAGAGACAGGCAGCUAUUGACAAGAUGACCAAGAAGAUGCAGAAGACGCUAGAGAACACAAAGUUCCGGGGCUCACCCAUUAUCCCUGUUGCAGCCAAGCCUGGUGGCCCGGAGGCCCCAGAAACUGAGACUCCACAGGGCAUUUCAGAAUUAAUUGAGCUCCUGAAGUCACAGGCUUCCAUCCCGACCAGAGAUCCUUCAGGACCUUUCCUCAUGGCUGUGGACCACUGUUUCUCCAUUAAAGGUCAAGGCACGGUGAUGACAGGGACAAUCCUUUCAGGCUCAGUCAACAUUGGUGACAGUGUGGAGAUUCCUGCCCUGAAGGUAGUGAAGAAAGUGAAGUCCAUGCAGAUGUUCCACACCCCGGUCACCUCAGCCAUACAAGGAGAUAGAUUGGGCAUCUGUGUGACCCAGUUUGACCCCAAGUUGCUAGAACGGGGGCUAGUGUGCACACCUGAAUCUCUCCACACCAUCCAUGCUGCAAUCGUGUCUGUUAAGAAGAUACCUUAUUUUCGAGGUGCUCUUCAGACAAAGGCAAAGUUUCAUAUAACAGUCGGUCAUGAAACAGUGAUGGGAAGGGUGAUGUUUUUCAGCCCAGCACCUGAUCAGUUUGAUUGUGAGCCCCUGGAGGAGAGCUUCGACUUUGCAAAGGAAUAUCUGUAUCAGGAGCAGUAUUUGUCCAAGGAUUCCACCACUGCGGAAGAGGACAAGAAGAGUGACCAACCUGUAGAGAAGUGGCCAAAACAGCAGUGGGCUCUCCUGGAAUUCGAGAAGCCCGUCACCUGCCCCAAAUUCUGUCUUGUGAUUGGCUCUAAACUCGACACUGAUAUCCAUGCCAAUACUUGCCGACUGGCCUUCCAUGGGACCAUGCUGCAAGGGCUGGAAGAUAAGAACUACACAGAGACGUUCCUGCCCAGGCUGAAGGUGUACAAACUGAAGCACAAGGAGGGACACGUGGAGAGGGUGAUCGACGAUUAUGGUGUCAUUGGUCGGUCCUUGUUUAAGAAGGAGACCAACAUCCAGAUCUUUGUGGGGCUAAAGGUCCGCCUCUCAUCGGGGGAGAGUGGAGUCAUUGAAAGUGGCUUUGGCCAGAGUGGAAAGUUCAAGAUCCGGAUUCCCGAUGGACUUAACCCUGACACCAAGAAGCUUCUAAGCACUGCCACCACCAAGAAGAGGACUAAGGCAGGGAAAGGAGAUGUGACCAAGGAGGAUGAAGGGUGCAGCAAAGCAGACCCGGCCCAGCAUGUCACCAUCAGCCUCUUCUUCAAGAGAUACGUGUUUGAUGCACAGAAGAGAAUGGUUCAGUCUCCUUGAAUGACAAGCCUGCCCACUGCCCUGGGCCCUUCAGCCAAAGAAUCUCAGGUUAUAGGGGAUCGGGGCCCUUGCUCAGAUGUCCUCACUGUGCCUAACAAGGCCACUUGUAGGGACCCCCACUCAAAUGUGAUUCCCUCAACAGUUCUGAAUUGCUCCCCCCUCAGAUGGACACUCUCCAUAGUGGGCUGAGCUGCCUAGAAGUCCAUGGGCAAGAGAUUUCUCUACGAAUCAGGCUUGCAGCUAGUGUGUGAGCCGGCCUUCUGACAGAGGCUGAGCUUCACAAGGGGUGAGAGGGGGAAGGGAGAUUUAUCUUUUCUAGGGCAAACAAAUCUGUUUGUAACCAUUUUAUAACUUCUCAUGUAAACCUUUCCCAGAACACCAUUUUUUGAGCUCCGGAGAAUAGCCAACCAGAUCAGAAAGGAAGAGGAGAAAGAGAGGGGACCAGUAAGAAAGAGUCCGAAAUAAAUCAGACUCUCUGUAAACUUCUUUCAUUUUUCACAAUCUAAAGGCUUUAUUAGGGAACCGGGGAGUCCCUUGUUAGGGAAGUGUCUGUCUCUUAUGCCCAGUUAAGCCAUAAGAAAUCUCUUCCAAGAGACACCAAGUUUAGGAGCUGGUGAUGGGCAGCAUGUAUCAGGCCCAAAUCUUCUAAGUUGGCUGCAUUGUUCCUGAAUACCCAGCAACAGCCUGGGAAAACCUCCUUUGGCCCAUCAUUCCUGAAAUCUGCCUGCCCCCGUGUUCAGUCCUAUACCUCAGCCCAUGAGCGAAACAAGGAGAGUGGAUUGAGGAGCUGAUCUCUGAGGCCCUUUCUAGCUCUGACUCCUAUGAUUUCUGGUUGUGAAUAAAUCUCCAGUGUCCAGGCA